AGCCAAUCAGCUUGACUCCCUGCUACGUUAGUCGUUAGCUCUGGCAAAACAACAGCCCGUCUCUCUAUUUGUUUCCUGUUAACAUUGGCAGUCCCAACGCGGCCACUGAAAAACGGAACGUGUAAAAUGUUAAAUUAACGCGAGCGUGUGUUUCUGGUCGAUGUUAUCUGUGUUUUUUGGCGUUAGAGGACGCGGAAGGCAGAGCUAAUCGGAGCAGCGGACGCGCUGUUAGCUCCUUGCUAACUGUAGCUAUCGUCGGCUGUCCAGCUGAAAACGAUGGGGUCCAUCCUGAGUCGCAGAAUCGCUGGUGUCGAGGACAUCGAUAUCCAGGCUAACUCGGCCUAUCGAUUUCCACCGAAAUCCGGGAAUUAUUUUGCUAGCCACUUCUUCAUGGGGGGAGAGAAAUUUGACACACCACAUCCAGAGGGAUACCUUUUUGGUGAAAACAUGGAUCUGAAUUUUCUUGGAAAUAGGCCAGUGCAGUUUCCAUAUGUGACGCCUGCACCCCACGAGCCUGUGAAAACCCUGAGGAGCCUGGUCAACAUUAGAAAGGACUCUUUGCGCUUGGUCAGGUAUAAAGAUGACUCAGACACUCUGGUGGAGGACGGUGGAAAACCAAAGGUUCAGUAUGGUGUGGAGUUCACCUUUGAUGCUGAUGCCCGGGUGGCCAUCACUCUCUACUGCCAAGCAUUUGAGGAGUUCUCCAAUGGGAUGGCAGUUUACAGCCCGAAGAAUCCAUUAAUGGUCUCUGAAACUGUGCAUUACAAGCGAGGGGUGAGCCAACAGUUCUCCAUGCCGUCAUUCAAGAUGGAUUUCAGUGAGUGGAAAGAGGAGGAUCUGAACUUUGACCUCGACCGAGGAGUGUUUCCGAUGGUUAUCCAAGCUGUGGUUGAUGAAGGGGACGGUAGGUCACUAGAGCUGCAUUACAAUUGCCUUGGACAUGCUCACGUACUUUUGGCAGCCUUUGAAAGACACGUUGAUGGCAGUUUCUCCGUCAAGCCUCUGAAGCAGAAGCAAAUUGUGGACCGUGUGAGCUACCUCUUACAGGAGAUCUAUGGGAUUGAGAACAAAAACAACCAAGAAACCAAGCCAUCAGAUGACGAGAACAGUGACAACAGCAAUGAGUGUGUUGUUUGUCUGUCUGACCUGCGAGACACGCUCAUCCUGCCCUGCAGACAUCUGUGUCUCUGCAACUCCUGCGCAGACACUCUGCGUUACCAGGCCAACAACUGUCCAAUCUGCAGGCUGCCCUUCAGAGCCUUGCUGCAGAUCAGAGCCGUGAGGAAAAAGCCUGGUGCUCUUUCCCCCGUGUCCUUCAGCCCCGUUCUGGCUCAGACUAUGGACCAUGACGAGCACUCAGGCACGGACUCGGUUCCUCCCGGCUUUGAACCCAUCUCGUUGUUGGAGGCUCUGAAUGGUCUGAGGUCGGUGUCUCCUGCCAUCCCAUCUGCUCCCCUAUAUGAUGAAAUCAACUUCUCCGGAGGUCUGGGAAGCGACAGCAGACAGCUGAGCUCCCCGGAGCAUUUAAGCGAUGGGAGUCUGCAGAAAGGCAAAGUCAGCAAGUCACCCGACAGCACCCUUAGGUCUCCAUCCUCUCCCAUCCAGGAGGAAGAUGAGGAGAAGCUGUCUGAGAUGUCUGAUGCUCAGCCACACACAAUGCUGUCCACCAGCCCCGCCCCCACAGACGCCACGGCAACCGAGGACGUGGCAGAAUCCCUGUCUCCAGACGAUGAAGACAGGAUGCAUUCUGGGGGAGACAUCCUACAGGACUGCAGCAGUGAACACAGCAGCUUGACCAAAACAGAGAGCGACCCACCGGGCGACUUGUCUCUGCCAGCUCUAGGUCCUGAUUCCUGCUCUAUUGGUUUGGAGGAGUAACCGUGGGUCAUCAACAGAGUCAACAGAAAGCCUGAAAAGUCAGAGCACAAAUUGCUCCAGUCAGCCUCUCCUGUGUCCCACAAGCAGCCUUCAUUUGGAGGAUGAACACCCCUGACUCUGAUCCAGCUGUUUCCCUCCCAUGCAUCAGAACAGAUUCAUGCUUUACAAAGAUCAUCCAGUCCCUCUAUUCCUUCUACCCUCAGUCUUCAGAUUCUGUGAUCAGCCCUGAAAGGAAGUUUACUUGGAUGAAGGAGUACUCUGUUUAUACCAUCAAGGUUUCUGACAUUAAAAAAAAGAAAUGUGACUCCUGCAAAGAUGCUCUUGAAACCUUACCUUAUGACUGAUGGUUUAAAAAAAAAAAAGAUAUUGUUUCCUCAGAUCUGAAAACAUUUCAUUAACUGUCAGAUGGUGUUCAGUUGUGUGUCUUGGCCCAGAGUUGUGGUCUAGUAAUGUGGAUUUCACAGAGAUAUUUCACUGCCUGUCAUAGGUGGUGCUUUUAAGCACACGUACUUUAAAUUAACUCUAUUGAUUGCUUGACACUAAAUUCACAGGAAUUUAUAAAUACUGUUUGUGUUUAGUAUAUUGUAUUCAUCAGUGAAAUACAUGAAUGACUUGUUUUUCCAGUCAGUUGAAUUUGGGUUAUGAGCAGAAAUUUAAAAACAUAUUGUAUCUGUGUGUCUACUUGAAGUGAUUUUGCACUCCGACAAAAUCAUUUAUAAUCCAUUCCUUAUAUUAACUUUAUGAUGAGAUUACUAUUAAGUUGUAUGCGGUCUUAAACAUCGACAUGCCAUUAUUUCAAAUGAAGUGAUAUCAUAUGUACUUAACUGUACCAUAACUGUACUAGAAUCAUGUGUUGUUACUUUCAAAAUUGUAUAGUUGCAUAUAUUACAUAGAGAGAAAAAACCCCUGAUAUUAAAGCAGUGGAAGUAGAUUAAAUUAACAUGCACAUUAUUUAAGACUUGGAUAAUCGAUUAGAGCUACAGAUUCACACCCUAACAGCUAAGCUCAAAGAUAGCUAAAGCCUUCAACAAGUAUCGAUGCUCCAGCUAAAUGUAUGCUGACUCAGCAUGGCACAGUAAGCGUGCUUGUUGUAGAUGUGGCAGAUCUCUGUACAGUCUUUUUGUGGCAAUGCCAGCGUCUGCUUAUGUGAUGUAGAUGCAAAAAAAAAGGGGGCGGGCGUUUGUGUGGCUGUUACGCAGUUACUUACCGUGGUCCUCUAUGUGUAGCGCCAUGCAUAUAGAUCUAUGUGCCUUGAACUGGUAUGGCUGCCUGCUUGUUGCAUUGGACAUUAGUGUUCUUAUAAAUGCUACAAUAUACACGUUUCAGCCCGUAGACAGGAUUUUGUACAGAGCCUUUCUUUUUUCUUUUUUUUAUCGCAAACUUCAUGCUACUGGAAAAAUGUAUCUUGUUAUUGCAAUAUUCAGUUGAACUGUUCAUUUACUAUGUUAUGACCAUGUGUCAAUUAUGCAUUUAAUCUUAGUAUUUAGGUUCAAGUGGAUUCUCUUACUGUAUGUUUGAUUAGAAGGAACCCAUCCAAUGCAAUAAAUGAAAACUUUUGCAUUUUAAUAAUCAGGCUAGCAUUUGCAUGUGAAUUUGUAGAGGUGUAAACCUCUCACUGCUUUUAAGUAACAUGGUUAAUUUGUCUUUACCCCUUCCCUGUCUGUGCCAUUUCAUCUUGACACUGUGCCUUCCUGUCCUGACCACUAUUGACCUGGUAUCCAGGAUAACUCCACAGUAGGUGGUUUGUGGCUCUCUGUAGAAUCAAUACCUGUCUUUCCUCGUGUGUAUAGCAGCAUGUGUAUAACAAUAAAGAGCAAAGAUUCAGUACUUCAA